AUGAGCGAGAAAGUGGCCGACAACGCGGCCCCGGCCUCGCCCGGCCGCAUCGCCGACGGCCUUCACGAUGUCGAAAAGCCCGACGCCGUGCACACCGACGUCGUCCUCGAUAACGUCGUCCUCAUGAACGACGCCUUUGACGGCGAGAACUACGAGCACGGCCAGACCCUCUGGCAGUCCGUCAAGCAGCACCCCUGGGCCUGCUUCUGGGCGUUUGUCAUGACCUUUACGAUUGUCAUGGAGUCCUUCGACAUGUUCCUCAACAGCAACUUUGUCGCCCUCGCGCAUUUCCAGCGCACCUUUGGCGUCGUCAUUGGCAAGGACGCCGACGGAAACAUUGCGUACUCCAUUCCCACCCGCUGGCAGAGUGCCCUGUUCCAGUCCGGCCAGUGCGGCGCCUUUGUCGGCGUCUUCCUUGCUGGGCCCAUCACCAACCGCCUGGGCUACCGCUGGACGACCAUCCUGGCGCUGGUGAUGAUGAACGCCACCAUUUUCAUCAGCUUCUUUGCCAAUUCCCUGACCGUCCUGACCAUUGGCCAGGCCUUUGAGGGCGUGCCGUGGGGACUGUUCAUCGCCAACUCGCCGGCCUAUGCGUCCGAGAUCGUGCCCAUGGCCCUGCGCGGCGCCUGCACGGCCACGCUCCAGAUGGCCUGGUCCAUUGGCGGCAUCGUCGUGUCCGCCGCCACGCUGGCCUACAACAAACGCAACGACGAGUGGGCAUGGCGCGUGCCCCUGGCCCUGCAGUGGAUCUUCCCGACCCCGCUGCUGAUUCUCGUCUUCCUGGCCCCUGAGUCGCCCUGGUGGCUGAUCCGCCACGGCAAGCGCGACAGGGCCCUCAAGUCCAUCAAGCGCCUAGGGGCCCGCGACGACGAGCACGCCCAGCAGUCGCUUGCCAUGAUUGAGCGAACCGUCGAGAUCGAGCACAAACUGGGCGGCACGCCGUCGCUGCUGGACCUGUUCCGCGGCACCGACCUCCGGCGGACCACAAUCACAUGCCUCAUGUACGCCUCGCAAAACGUGGCCGGCAACCUUAUUGCCAACCAGGCCACCUUCUUCUUUGAGCAGGCCGGCAUCUCCUCGGACCGCUCCUUUCAGCUCAAUCUCAUCAACUCGUGCCUCGGCGUCGUCGCCAACGCCCUGUCCUGGCUGCUGACGGGCUGGUUCACCCGCCGCUCCAUCUACCUCUGGGGCACCGCCACCAACGUCACCUUGCUGUUUGUCCUGGGCAUCGUCGCGUCCCUCCACCAAAACUCCGCCACCAACUACACCCAGGCCAUCCUGGGCAUCUUGAUUUCGUUUGUCUUUGCCGGCACCAUGGGCCCCAUCUCCUACACCAUCAUCAGCGAGACGUCGUCGGUCCGCCUGCGCGCCCUGUCGACCGGUGUCGGCCGCGCCGCCUACUACGUCGCCGAGAUCCCCCUCAUCUACCUCAACUCGCAGCUCCUGAAUGCGACCGGCUGGAAUGUCGCCGGCAAGUGCGGCUACGUCUGGGGCAGCACGGCCGCCAUCAGCUGGAUCGUGGCCUACUUUUUCCUGCCCGAGAUGAAGCACCGCUCCUACCGCGAGAUUGACAUUCUGUUCAACCGCAAGGUGCCGGCGCGCCAGUUUAGCAAAACGGUCAUUGACGUGGCGGAGAAUGAGUAG